GUCUCGCGAGGCCAUUGGGCCGGGGCCGGGCCGGGCCGAGAGUCACUGGCUGUGAUGACUUCGUACUUCGAGGAGCACAACUGCGAGCCCGGCGAGCGCGCCCGGGAGAACGUGCUGCUGGAGCUCGCGCGGACUCUGUUCAAUGGGCAGCAGAUCGACCUGGGCUCCGUGGACUUCACCGACUGGGAUCAGCGGCUGCCCCCGCCGGCCGCGCGCCGGGCCGUGCUGAGCCUCCCCACGGUGCGGGUGACGCCGGCCCAGGCAGACAAAGGGCUGAAAUGCCCCGUGUGCCUGCUGGAGUUCGAGGAGGAUGAGGGGGCCAAGAAGAUGCCCUGUGAGCAUCUCUUCCACUCGGGCUGCAUCCUGCCCUGGUUGGGGAAGACCAAUUCCUGCCCCCUGUGCCGCCACGAGCUGCCCACGGACGACCAGGAGUACGAAGAGUACAAGAAAGACAAGGUGCGGAGGCAGCAGCGUGAGCACCGGUUGGAGUACCUGCAUGGGGCCAUGUACACGUGACUGGGGGGCCCCACCUUGGCCUCUGCCUGCCUGGGGCAUUGGAUGCCCUCUGUGGAUGGGGGGCUCUCAGGGUCAGUGGGGAUGACCCAUCAGGAUGGGUGCAUUCCAGAGCUGGGUCCGCAGGGGGUGUCCCGACAUGGACAGGGCCCCUCCUUUGCUGACCAGCCCCAGCAUCCCCAUGGAACAGCCCUGGGCGUCUCCCCCACUUUGCUGUGGGAUCACCACAGGGGCAGGAGUAACUGACUCUAACCUCCACCCCCGAUCCAGCCAUCUCCCCAGGCUGAUUAAAGCUGUUUUUCUCUGA